AUGUCGCUGGCGUUUGAUGAGUUCGGCCGUCCCUUCCUUCUGGUGAAGGAGCAGGCGCAGAAGGAGCGGGUGACCGGGGUGGAGGCGCAGAAGGUGAACAUCCUCGCCGCCCUCAGCGUGGCGAACGUCCUGAAGUCGAGUCUCGGGCCGCGCGGGAUGGAUAAAAUCCUGACGACCCCCGAUAACGACGUCGUCGUCACCAACGACGGCGCGACGAUCCUCGAGCGGAUGGAUCUCGACAACGAAAUCGCGCAGCUCGUCGUGGAGCUGAGCAAAUCGCAGGAUUUCGAGAUCGGCGACGGGACCACUGGCGUCGUUUGCAUCGCCGGCGCCCUCCUCGAGCAGGCGGCGGGGCUUCUCGACAAGGGCAUCCACAGCUCCCGCAUCUCCGAGGGUUUCGAGCAGGCCUGCGAGAUCGCCUGCCGUCGGCUGGAGGAGAUCGCGGAGACGAUCCCGAUUGACGGCAAGGAUUACCUCUUCCAGACCGCCCGCUCGACGCUGAACUCGAAGGUGGUGAAUCGCGUGCGGGAUCACAUGGCGAUGAUCUGCGUCGACGCGGUGCUCUCCGUCGCCGAUCUCGCGCGCCGCGAUGUGAACCUCGACCUGAUCAAAGUGGAAGGGAAGGUCGGGGGGCGGCUGGAGGAGACCUGCCUCGUGCGUGGGAUCGUCAUCGACAAGGACUUCUCGCACCCACAGAUGCCCAAGGAGCUGGUGAACCCGCGGAUCGCGAUCCUCACCUGCCCGUUCGAACCCCCGAAGCCGAAGACGAAGCACACCCUGCAGAUCACAAGUGCCGCCCACAUGCAGGAGCUGCACGCGCAGGAGCAGGCGUACUUCCGCGAGGAGAUCGCGCGCUGCAAGGCCGCCGGGGCGGAUCUCGUGAUCUGCCAAUGGGGCUUCGACGACGAGGCGAAUUACCUCCUCUAUUAUCACGACCUCCCCGCGGUGCGGUGGGUAGGGGGGGUGGAGUUGGAGCUGAUCGCGAUCGCCACCGGCGGCCGCAUCGUUCCCCGCUUUGCCGACCUCUCGGCGGAGAAACUCGGCCGCUGCGGGCGCGUUCGCGAGGUGGGGUUCGGCACGACGAAGGAUCGCAUGAUCUUCCUCGAGGACUGCCCGAACAGCCACGCGGUGACGAUUUUCAUCCGGGGUGGGAAUCACAUGAUGAUCGAGGAGGCCAAACGCGCCCUGCACGACGCGAUCUGCAUGGUGCGCAAUCUCAUCCGGGAUAACCGCGUCGUGUAUGGCGGGGGGUCGGCGGAGAUCGCGGCCUCGCUCGCGGUACUCCGCCACGCGGAUGAAACGCCCACGGUGGAGCAGCACGCGAUUCGCGCCUUCGCCGACGCGCUGGAGACGAUCCCGAUCAACCUCGCGUUGAACAGCGGCCUCGACGCGAUCCUCGCCCUCUCCGCUGCGCGGAAGGCGCAGGUGGAAGAAAACAACCCGUUUGCCGGGAUCGAUUGCAUGGAUAAUGGAACGAUUGAUAUGAAGACGCAAGGGGUCUUCGAAACCCUCCACGGGAAGUGCUCCCAGCUUCGGUUGGCGAUGCAGGUCGUGAAGAUGAUCUUGAAGAUUGAUGACGUGAUCGUUACGAAGUCGGAGGACCAGAACUAA